GCAAUGGGUAGCCCUGAAGAUGACCUGAUCGGCAUACCUUUUCCGGAGCACAGCAGCGAACUCCUGGGUCGUCUGAACGAGCAGCGUCGCCGAGGGAUGCUGUGCGACGUCACUCUGCGAGCCCAGGGCUCCGAAUAUCAGAGUCACCGGGCCGUGUUGGCCGCCUGCAGCCGCUACUUCCAAAGGCUUUUCGCCGGCCCCUGCAUGCCGGUGUGCGAGCUUGAUUUUGUGGGCGCAGACGCCUUGGGGGCCCUGCUGGACUUCGCCUACACCGCCACCCUGACCAUCAGCACGGGCAGCCUUUGCGAGGUGUUGCGCGCCGCACGCAUCCUGGAGAUCCCUUGCGUCAUCGCAGCUUGCGUGGAGAUCCUGCAAGGAAAUGGCUUGGAGGCGCCCGUGCCGGAUGAUGCCGCGCGGGAACGCGCCCGGCGAUACCUGGAAGCUUUCGGCACGCUGCCCAACAUGGAAGGUGACCUGGCUGAGCCCUCCGCGUGCCCGGCUCCCCGUCGUAGUAAGAAAACGCGCAAGUUCCUGCAAGCCAAAGGCUCGCGACUAAACAACCACAUCACGGAGGUUUCUCCGUCCUUGUCUCCGGCGUCAACAGAGACUCAGGAGCGCCCCAGUCCGCCCAGCCAGGCGUCGCCUGCCCCAGCGUUGGGCCACCCCCGCGAGGAGGAGGAAGAGGUCAUGGCCCCCUCGCGUACCUUCCCCUUCCCGUACGUUCCCAGUCUCUCUCUAGAAGACCUGGGUUCAGACGAUGAGCCCACGGAGCAGGACAUUCUAUCCUACAUGCGUCGAUUAAACCAGGAGGGUCUGUCUGUGGGUCUCGACCCCCCAGACAAGUUGGUACGCAAGCGGCGCUCGCAGAUGCCCCAGGAGUGUCCCGUCUGUCACAAGAUCAUCCACGGGGCAGGGAAGCUACCUCGCCACAUGCGGACCCACACUGGGGAGAAGCCGUUUGCCUGUGAUGUGUGCGGCGUCCGUUUUACCCGGAACGACAAACUCAAGAUCCACAUGCGCAAACACACUGGCGAGCGCCCCUAUUCCUGUCCCCACUGCACAGCUCGCUUCGACGACCACCUCCAGCGCCACCUGAAAGGCCAGAACUGUCUGGAGGUCCGCACCAGGCGCCGGCGCAGGGGUCCCGAUCCGGAGCCCGAUUCCCUGACACCCACCGGCGUCGCCUUGUCCACCGCUCCACUCGGUUUGGCCAACGGGCGCGUGGAGGAACUACACAACUACUGGCCUGCUGGGGCGGCCGUGAGGUCGCCCGCCCCCAAAGAGGAAGAGGAGGAAGAGGAAGAAGGAGCUGAAGAGGGGCCGCAGAAGGAGGGCCCCGUGGCAGCUGUCCAGACGGCCUGA